CUCGGCAGCGGUGGGUUUGGGCUUGUGUUUCGAGCAGUGUACCACGAGAAAGACGUGGCGGUGAAAGAGCCGCACAACCUGGCUGAAUUCCAUAACGACAGUGACAAGAAGAAAAUGUUCAUCAGAGAAGUCAACCAUCUGUACAGGUUGAAGCACAAGAACGUGGUCGAUUUCAUCGGAGCCGUUGCCGAGGAUGAGACGGGUGAGCCCUGCUACCUGAUCUUGACUGAACUGCUUCCCCACAAGCUAGAGGAAUACAUACUCACUCCUGCAGGCCGGCAACCUCGGGUUCGAGAGAAGCUGGUUCUCGAUAUGGCACAAGGCCUUGCCUACCUCCAUGAUUCCAAGAUCAUCCACCGAGACAUUAAGCCGCAGAAUAUCAUGGUCAACAGCCAAGGCACCGCAAAGUUGAUUGAUUUUGGUCUUUCAAAGCAAGAGGAGAAGAGCAAGAGCACUUCAGCCAGCCGCUCUUGUGCAGGAACUAAGAACUGGAUGGCGCCGGAAGUGAAUGCAGGAGAAGCUUCAUCGUUUGCGUCGGAUGUCUACUCCUUGGGGCUGGUGGCCUUCUUCGUGGUCACUGGUGAGGUGCCG